AUGGAUUUAGCCAGCGGAUCCCGCCGAGGCGGCUCCCACCUCCUGUCCCUGCUCCUCUUGAUUUUUGGCUUUGGACCCGACGCGGCUUCCUCUAGGGCUGCACUUCGAAAAGAAGGCAGACUGGGUCCCCCUGUUGAUAUCCUGUUGGACUCUUUAAACUGUUCAGCUUUCCGAGCUCAAUGGAGAAUGCCACAUCAUCACACCAGUCUCAUCACUGGAUAUACUGUGUUUUACUCUGAGGCCAGGGAGGACAAAUUCCUCCACCAGAUGUCACAAGAUGUGCCUGUCAAUGAGGACAUACUCAAUAUGGGUCCACUGAAUGACCAGGCAGCUUUUGAAGUAGUGAUUGGGAAUUUAAAACCAGGUACCACCUACAGAGUGGGUGUAAGAGCUUAUGGCUGGAACACCAAAGGACGCCCAAGUUCUCCCCAACUUGUUACCACUCUAUCAAAAGAUAAAUGUAUGCCCCCAUCACCUCCUUAUCAGCCUCAAGUCAUUGUGGUUUCUGACUCCGAGGUGGCACUGUCUUGGAAACCUGGAGAAAGUGAAGGAAGUUCACCUAUUCAGUACUACUCUCUGGAGUAUAUCAGGCCAGAUUUUGAUGACACUUGGACUUUAAUCAAAGAACAGAUCCAGAUGGACUCCAUGGUUCUUAAGGGACUCAUUGCAGAUACCCAAUACCAGUUUGCUGUGAAGGCUGUGAAUUCCUUUGGAGCCAGUCCCCGCAGCCAGCCCAGUGACACCAUCCAAACCUUUAGUACAGAGGAGGCAGGAAGUGGGACCUCUGAGCCACGAUAUAUCACAGACACAGGAGGGAGUGAUGACAAUGGAUUUGACAUUGAUGACUCUGAUUUUGACAUUUACAUUGAAGAGGUCAAACCACUUCCUGCUAUCAAAGGAAGUCAUAGGAAAUUUUUGGUGGAAACCAAGAUGCCUCCUAGAUCUAAGCCAAAGUCCUUUUCAAGGCAUAUCCUUCCUACCUCAGCUUCUCCUAUCACUACAACACCGAUCCACUAUACCACCACGGCAAAGGCAAAGAGGAGGCAUGGUAUGGCUGCAAUGACGCGGCUCUUUGACAUGUCUUGUGAUAAAACCAUCUGCUCAGCUGAUAGCUUCUGUGUCAAUGACUACAACCUCGGUGGUUCUCGAUGCCAUUGCAACCUUGGCAAAGGUGGUGAGAAUUGUGCAGAAGAUAUUUCCAUCCAAUAUCCUCAGUUCUUUGGCCACUCCUACUUAACCUUGGAACCACUGAAGAACUCUUAUCAGGCAUUUCAAAUCACUCUUGAAUUUAGGGCAGAAACAGAAGAUGGCUUAUUGCUGUAUUGUGGAGAAAAUGAACAUGGACGGGGUGAUUUUAUGUCAUUGGCAAUCAUCCGGCGUUCUCUCCAGUUCAGAUUUAAUUGUGGAACUGGGGUGGCCAUCAUUAUCAGUGAAAGCAAAAUAAAAUUAGGCAGUUGGCACACUGUCAGUAUCUACAGGGAUGGGCUGAAUGGACUACUCCAGGUGAACAAUGGCACCCCAGUGACAGGCCAAUCUCAGGGCCAGUACAGCAAAAUUACAUUCCGGACCCCUUUCUACCUCGGUGGGGCUCCUAGUGCCUACUGGUUGGUCAGAGCAACAGGAACAAACCGUGGCUUCAAGGGCUGUGUUCAGUCACUGGCCAUCAAUGGGAAGAAAAUAGACAUGAGGCCCUGGCCACUUGGGAAGACUCUAAGUGGGGCUGAUAUAGGGGAGUGCAGCAGCGGCAUUUGUGACGAAGCCUCCUGCAUCAAUGGGGGCACCUGCACAGCGGUCAAAGCAGAUUCCUACAUUUGCCUCUGUCCCCUGGGAUUUAAAGGGCGCCACUGUGAAGACGCUUUCACCCUGGCCAUUCCUCAGUUCAAUCAAUCUCUGAGGUCCUUCGCUGCAACCCCUUGGCCAUUAGAGCCCCAGAAUUACCUCUCUUUCAUGGAAUUUGAGAUCACAUUUCGGCCAGACUCAGAAGAUGGUGUUCUCUUGUACAGCUAUGACACGGACAGCAAAGACUUCCUGUCCAUCAACAUGGUGGCUGGCUACGUGGAAUUUAGAUUUGAUUGUGGCUCUGGAACAGCCAUUCUCCGGAGUGAAGAGCCCCUUUCCCUAGGUCACUGGCAUGAAUUGCAUGUGUCGCGAACAGCAAAGAAUGGGAUCUUACAAGUGGAUAGACAGAGGACAGUGGAAGGCAUGGCAGAGGGAGCCUUUACUCAGAUUAAAUGCAACACUGAUAUUUUCAUUGGUGGAGUCCCCAACUAUGACAACGUAAAGAAGAAUUCAGGCAUUCUCCAGCCUUUCAGUGGGAGCAUCCAGAAGAUUGUACUUAACGACCGAGCCAUUCAUGUGAAGCAUGAUUUUACAUCUGGUGUGAAUGUGGAGAAUACCGCCCACCCUUGCGUGCGAGCCCCCUGUGCCAAUGGAGGGAGCUGUAGACCCAGGAAGGAUGGGUACGAGUGUGACUGCCCCUUAGGCUUUGAUGGGCAACACUGCCAGAAAGAGUGUGGGAAUUACUGCCUCAACACUAUCACCGAAGCCAUUGAGAUCCCACAGUUUAUUGGCAGGAGUUACCUCAUCUAUGACAAUCCAGAUAUCCUCAAAAGAAUACAGCCAGUGGGCACAAAGCUAUAUAUAUAUAUCGAACUCUCAACUUUUAUGCUUUUCUCUGCCAUCUUCUUUCCCAAUUAUGUUUCUAGCUACAACUUGGGCAGUGGUGUUGCUUCCAUCGUAGUCAAUGGAUCCUUCAAUGAUGGCCGGUGGCAUAGAGUGAAAGCUGUCCGGGAUGGCCAAUCUGGGAAGAUAACUGUGGAUGACUAUGGAGCGAGAACAGGCAAAUCCCCUGGGAUGAUGAGACAGCUGAAUAUCAAUGGAGAUCUCUAUGUAGGCGGAAUGAAGGAAAUUGCUCUGCACACAAAUAGGCAAUACAUGAGAGGUCUAGUCGGCUGUAUCUCCCAUUUCACUCUUUCGACUGAUUACCACAUUUCCCUGGUGGAAGAUGCAGCUGAUGGGAAAAACAUCAACACCUGCGGAGCCAAGUAAGAGCAGCCAACCUUCCCCAAGGGAGAGCGAGCAUUUUUCCUCCAGAAGCCCUGUGUCCCUGACAUCCAGCCCAGUGCUGCACACCAAGUCCCCAGGGCACUCCCUCCUCAUCAAAGAGGACAACAUCCCAAUCAGAAACUCUGGACCUAGAAAGGAAUCCCAGCGGCUUUCCCGGCUGACACUCUGUGGACCAAAUCCCACUGAAUCCUCCGCGUAGGAAAUGUCAGACUGUCCACCGAAUGUAUAGCAACUAAAGAGAUCCUACAUCAAUGAGAAUUCCAGAGAUGGCUGUGCUGUGAUGAGUAGUUCAAUGACUAUAUUGUGACUCAUAGUACUUUCUUUUUAAACAUCCAGCAGAACAGUAUUAAAAUGCUUUUCUUCACUCCUGAUUCCUGAUACUUUUAAUGACAGCAGGAUGACUAUGUGACCCCAAACUUUCCAUUUCUUCCCCCACCCCAUGAAAUUGUUUAGCUACCUGCUGCUCUGUCCUCAGCACAUUCUGGCCAGGCCAUGUACAUAAGGAAAGAAGAAACUUAGUCCUAUGGAAGCUAUUUCAGAAUGGUUAGGGGGGCUGAAAAGGUUACUCUUAAUAUUAAAAGCCUCCUUUUUUAACAAAAUAAUGCAAACCUCAGAAAAUAGACACCAUGAUUUUGUAGAAGUACUUUUGUAUGUGUAUAUUUUUAUAGAGGCAGAACUGACCACAUAGUAUACUUUGGAAAAUUUAAGUGAAUUCCACUUUAGUCCUUGAACAUUUUUACAUAUGGACACUGUUUGGUGUCUGUGGGGAAUAGGGUCAGGGUGGGCAACCAGGAGUCUGACAAUUCUCUUUUGUCAAUAUUCAUGAUUCAGAGUGUAUAAUUAUGAAGCUUUCCUGACCUAAGCUGAUUAAAGGA